GUUUCCAAAUCAACCAAAAGUCUCAUCCCAAUAAUAAAGGCAGUUGGCUCACAUACAGCGGAAGGAACACUCGUCUAUUUCACAUCCGUUUCUUUCCCCUCUCUUCAACCUCCGCGACUCAACUAUGAUCUCUUCUCACCUCUUUUCCGCUACCCUUCUGUUGCUCCUUGUCGCCUUCUACGCUCAGGCUUUCUCAGAGAGACCAGUUCACCAGCUCAAGCUUAACUCUCACAUUCUUCAGGAUUCAAUAAUCAAGCAUGUAAAUGAAAAUCCCAGGGCUGGAUGGAAAGCUGCUAGAAAUCCUAGAUUUUCCAAUUACACCGUUGGUGAAUUUAAGUACCUUCUUGGAGCCAGAUCAACACCCAAAAAGGAACUUUUAGGUAUUCCUGUUAUAACUCAUGACAAAUCCUCAAAGUUGCCAAAGAGCUUCGAUGCAAGAACCACGUGGUCACAAUGUAGCAGCAUUGGAAGAAUUCUAGAUCAGGGUCAUUGUGGCUCUUGUUGGGCAUUUGGUGCUGUUGAAGCACUGUCUGAUCGUUUCUGCAUUCAUUUUGGCAUGAACAUAUCCUUAUCAGUCAAUGAUCUUUUAGCUUGUUGUGGCUUUUUGUGUGGAAGUGGUUGUGACGGGGGCUAUCCAAUUUAUGCUUGGCGAUACUUUGUCCACCAUGGUGUUGUCACCGAAGAGUGCGAUCCAUACUUUGAUGAUAGUGGUUGUUCCCACCCUGGUUGUGAGCCUGCAUAUCCUACACCGAAGUGUGUGAGGAAAUGUGUCAAUAAGAACCAGGUUUGGAGACACUCAAAGCACUACAGUGUUAGUGCAUACAGAAUCAAGUCUAAUCCACACAAUAUCAUGGCAGAAGUUUAUAAGAAUGGGCCUGUUGAGGUUGCCUUCACAGUUUAUGAGGAUUUCGCACAUUACAAGUCUGGUGUAUACAAACACAUAACUGGUGACGUUAUGGGAGGUCAUGCAGUUAAGCUAAUUGGGUGGGGAACUAGUGAUGAUGGAGAGGAUUACUGGAAACUCUCUGUUGCAGCUGCUUGCCAAUCAGUGGAACAGAGGAUGGGGUGAUGAUGGUUACUUCAAGAUCAAGAGAGGAACAAAUGAGUGUGGGAUUGAAGAGGAUGUGGUUGCUGGUCUGCCAUCAUCCAAAAAUCUCGUGAGAGAGGUUGUCAGCAUGGAGGACAGUCUUGGGGAUGCUUCAGUUUGAUUGCAGAUUGUUGUAUCUUCAAAUCCCCUACUUAAUGCAUCAAAUAUAUGUUUUGGUGGAUAAACUCUGUCUAAUCUAAGCAUAUGAAAUUAGCUGCGUCCACGCUAACAAUUAAAGAUGCGAAUCACGGUUAAACGGUGUCGUAUGUUAAAAUGGACACGUUUGUACUUUUCUUAAAAUUUAUGAAGUCGCUAUUGAUAUUGGUGACUA